UGAAGAACUUUUUUUUUCUUAUCUCGCUGAUGCAAAAAAAGAAGUGUGCGGAAUAUAGACUUUUAAUCCCAUGCGUAAAAUGGAAAUUUGGAAAAUGUGGAUUUGCGCAUUGUUGAAGAACUUGGAGAACGAGCCCAAAUGGAAAAGGUUACCACAUCCGAACUGAGAGGAGAAGGUUUGUUUAGUGUGAAACAGUGAAAGAAAUAUCUGCAGGUAUGAACAGCACGGAAAUGGGCCAGUCCCGUCAGCCCACUAUCCCGGUAAUAAUGUUUAUAUUCGGGGUAGCAGGAAAUGUCAUUGCCAUAGUGGUUCUACGGAUUUCAAGAAAGGAACAAAAGGAGACGACUUUCUACACGCUGGUGUGCGGGCUGGCAGUGACAGACCUGCUGGGCACGCUGCUGGCCAGCCCUGUCACCAUCGCCACCUACAUGAAGGGCUCCUGGCCGGGGGGAGAGCCGCUGUGCCAAUACUCGGGAUUCAUCCUCCUCUUCUUCUUCUUGGUCCAGCUCAGCAUCGUGUUUGCCAUGUCCAUUGAGAGAUACCUGGCCAUAAACCAUGCAUACUUCUACAAUGAGUACGUGAACCAAAGACUGGCCGCGCUGACGCUUCUGGCCAUUUACGUUUCCAACAUUGUGUUCUGCGCGCUGCCCAGCAUGGGGCUCGGCCAAGUCACGCUCCAGUAUCCGAGGACCUGGUGCUUCAUCGACUGGCAGAACAACAACACCACAGUCGUGACAUUCAACCUGAUGUACGCAGGGGUGAAUUCGGUCAUUGUGCUGGCCACGGUCGUAUGCAACGUGAUGGUGUGUGGAGCUCUGAUCCUGAUGCACAAGCGCUUCAUUCGCCGCACGUCUCUGGGCACAGACCAGAGGCGCAUAGCGGAGCUGAGGCGCAGACGGAGUUUCGGGCGCUUGGCUGGAGCAGAGAUCCAAAUGGUGAUCUUGCUGAUAGCAACAUCUGCUGUGGUUCUCAUAUGCUCCAUACCUUUAGUGUUGAGGAUUUUUGUGAACCAGUUGUACAGAAACCAGAUAGAUGAUGCUAAGCAGAGGAACCCAGACCUGCUGGCUAUACGCAUGGCCUCUGUCAACCCCAUCUUGGACCCCUGGAUCUACAUCCUGCUCAGAAAGACCGUGGUCCUUAAGCUGAUGGAGAAAAUCAAGUGUCUGUUCUGCAAAAUGGGUGGCCGAGGUCAGAGAAGCAGGGGUCGUUUCCACUGUGCUGACAGUAACCUCUCCUCCUCCAUCAUGUCCCGGGACUCGCCAUCGCUGGUGUCACGUGAGCUGAGGGAAGUGGUGACCACUUCACAGACUUUGCUGUACCCAUCAGAGGGAAGUCACGGGAUGCUUGGGUCGCUACAAUCAAUGGGACAAAGCAGCUCUGGUUCACCAGCUGCAGAGGGGUCUCCGUUACAGGACCCCCAGAGGGUAGAGGGCCCUCAGAGGCAGCGUUCACACUGUGUGUUAAAGGCCAUGGCACCAGGCCGGCCAUGUGGCAGCAAUGAUGCUCCACCACUGACAGGAGUCGCGUUGGGUCCCAAGGACCAGACUCUGCAUGUCACCUUCACAGAUGAGACUUUGAACAUACAAGAGAAAUCCAUAUAGUUGACAGACUGAAAAGCAAGGACUUCUAUACUGAACUCACUAGAGGAGCACUUAUCAGUGGACAGUUCCAGGACAGAAAAUAGGAAAUAAAGAGAAUACUCCAUAGACAUGAUUGCAGAAAAGGGUCU